AAUCUCAAAUCAUGAAUAUAUUGUAUCUGUGUUUAUAAGAAGACAUGAGUUCAGGUCUUUUCCGUCACACACUGAAGAUUGUACGCUUUUGGCACGCUAAUACUCUUGACAUGGUGGAAGUGUAUGAUAGUGAUACUGGAGAUUAUAUCAUCAGGUUGGCAUUUCCAUUUCCCUUUCUUUUGGAGUUAAUUACUUGGAGCAAUCUUUGGUUUCAUAUGGAUGCAAUUCUCAGAGAGCAGAAUCGGCGCGAUGAACUUUUGACCUCUUUUCUUGACGUCCCCGAUUUUUGUAACAUCAUCGUCAUUUUUUCUGUGUUUCUCAUAAUAUUCAUCUUGUUACUUUAUCCGUUGAGACUAUACGUCUUAAACCAUGCUUUAUUUUUGUUUGUUCGGGAAAUUAAAGUAGAAGUGCCUCCCUACUUUGAAUAAAGCAAGUGGCCAAAAAGUGCUUUUUGUAAAAGCAGCUUAAUCUCUUAAGCUAUUACAUGCACGAAUAUACUGUAACCAUGUCGUUUCAUUAUAAUGAAUCAAACAAUUUAUAUUAUUCGUAUGAAACGUCGCAAAUCUCAAAGUAUAAUAAUGGCUUUAAAACCGAGUCCCAAACUUCCUUCCCCAAAAGUAAGAAUUCUUAAAGCGACCGAGACGAAAAGGAAAGCCUGAAGCCUUGAGCUACAGAAAAAAAUGGGGAUUUCCGAUUACAUCUCCGGGACAACCGAUUCGCUGAAACGGAACGCUCCGGGUCUAACGGCCGUCAAAAACUUGUGCUCCACAGCUUACGGUUACGGGUCGGGUGCCGUUACCCAAAUCGACAACGCCGUCAGGGGUAACUUGAACCAGUAUUUGGGGGACGCGGAAGGCCGGGCCAAGAUCGUCCGGUUCAGCUCCAGCAUCGCUAAACACACAGCGUUGGAGAGCCUCAAAACCGUCCCAGGUUACAAAAUUGUUAAGAGAUCAAUCAGUGACUUAAAUGAGACCGAUGAACAAGAAGUGAAUGGGAAGGCAAUGCAGGCUGAUCUACGCAGAUUGAAGAAAGAACUCAGUGAAUACAGGAAAGUACAUGAGCUAGAAGUGGAUGUGAAGGCAUUGCAGACCGAUAUACUCAGAUUGGAGAAAGAACUCAGCGAAUACAGGAAAUCACACAAGCAAGUUCAGCUAGAUAAGCCAAGUGCGGAUUUGAAGUUACCAAACACAGCCAACAUUCAUUCAGUUGCAAAUUGGAAACCAGAAGACGUGAUCGGAGUCUUUAUGAUGAAGGAGGUCAUGGGCAGGAAAUUCUUGGAUGAUCUAAUGGCUUUUCGCGGGGGACCUACAAAGAAGUAGAAAAGUGUCAGGUACUAAGUGGAGCGAUGAUCGUUAUCUGUCAUGAAUAUUUGCCUUGUUUGAAGCUUUGUGAAUAGGUUUGCAUGCUCUGUGUGAUGAUUCCCUCUGUGUGCUUCUGCAUUCGUUUUGUAACUUUUGUUUGGGGUCUCGCCCUUGACUUGAGAUGUGGUCCAUUGGAUGUGGCGCAUUCGAGAUGAUAUGUGCUGCUAAUGUACUAGUAAGAAAGCAGCCUUUUGCAUUUUCAAAUCCAGUGGCCUUGUCUUGUUUGUAAAUUGAGGGCACUGUCAAGUACGUUCAUAAAUUGAAGCUAACUGGUUCUAUAUCGCU